AGGCAGGCGCCUGCGCCACACAACUCCAAUCACGUGUAACUUGCGCGCGCCAGUGGGAAGGUAGCGCGCGCGGCAAGCGGUUAGGCAGUUCCACUCCCUGCCGCCGCUCCGGUUUACAUCGGCGGUUGAUGUGCUGGAACUACAAUUAUUACGGGUACUUCAGAGUCGUUACGACCCUUUUCGAAAGGUGACAUCAUGGAGACUUUCAUGGAAGAAGGAAUCCAGUGGCCUGUUGUAACAGUCCUUUUAAGUUUACCUUUGUUGUGGAUCAGUGUACGUGGAGACUUUGGAACACUGAAGUUCUAUCUGCGAUACUUUGCAUACAUAUUUUGUGUUUCUGUGGCAGGAUUAAUAUGCAUUCCAUUAUUUUUGCUACGCCCUUGGAAUGUUGACAAUUUAACUGAUGUAUCUAAAGUUCUGAAGUAUAUCUCAAAACUUAUUGGUAUCACUUGGGAGAUGCGUGACUGUCAUCAUUUGAAGGAGAACAAAGUGGGUGUAAUUGUCUCCAAUCAUCAAACAAUACUUGACAUUUUGGGUAUGUUUAAUUUGUGGGAAACAAUGGGAAGAUGCACUGUCAUAGCAAGGAGAGCUGUGUUUUGGGUUUGGCCUUUUGGACUUGCAGCCUGGCUAGCAGGCCUAAUAUUUAUUGACAGAGGUAAUCCUGAGCAAGCUAGGAAACAAAUAAAUAUUGCAACAGACACUUUGAAGGCUAAAAAGAUUAAACUCUGGGUUUUUCCCGAAGGUACUCGUAAUAAAGACCGACGAUCAUUGCUUCCUUUUAAGAAGGGUGCAUUCCAUUCAGCUAUAAGGAUGCAAGUUCCUUUGAUACCAGUUGUAUAUUCACCAUAUUACUUUCUCAAUGUACAGAAGAAAUUUUUUGAUGAUGGUCGUGUCAUCAUAAAGACAUUGCCUCCAAUACCAACAGCUGGUUUAAAACCUGAAGACAUUGAUUCACUGGUUCAGACAACACAUGAGCUGAUGUCACAGGAAUACAAGAAACUUUCAGGAGAAGUUUUAUCACAGCUACCAACAAACUACCCAGGACUUUGCUACUAAAUGCAGAUAACUGUGUCUGCUCCACAUAUGGUGGAAAACAUUUUUUCAUAAUAUUUAUCUCUGUUAUAAUGUGUCAGUAUUUAUUUCUUAUUGUCAGUGUCUGUAAUAACAGUAUGUUGUAAACUGUGCCAAACUUUUGUAACUGUUAUGGGGGAUAAAUUUCUUGUAAAAAUCUAGAGAAAAUGUGGCAUUUGACUCCCACAGCAUUUAUUUGUUGCAAAACAUUACUGUGCACUAUUGUUUCUACAAUUCAUGAUUUGGUGUACUACCUUGUUAUUCAAAGAGCUAUUUAAUUUUGUUACUCAGAAUUUAGUUUUGUUAUUCCGAAUUAAAUGAGACUGACUUUGUGUACUUUUCAAAA